AUGAAGGCUGUGUGUGUACUGAAGGGGACCUGUGAGGUGGCCGGCGUGGUGCACUUCGAGCAGGAAGGAGAUGGACCAGUAACUGUUAAAGGUCGCAUCACUGGCCUGGCUGAUGGAAAACAUGGCUUUCAUAUCCAUGUGUACGGAGAUAACACCAACGGCUGUGUAAGUGCUGGUCCACAUUUCAACCCGUACAAUAAGACCCAUGGUGGUCCAGAUGAUGAAGUGAGGCAUGUUGGAGACCUUGGAAAUGUAACAUCAAGUGGUGGCGUUGCUGAAUUUCAAAUAAAAGAUAAAGUAAUUUCUUUGCAAGGAGAGAAGUGUAUUAUUGGCCGCACAGUGGUGGUCCAUGAGAAGGAAGAUGACUUGGGAAAAGGUGGAGAUAAUGAGAGCCUGAUAACUGGCAAUGCUGGUGGGCGUUUGGCCUGUGGAGUCAUCGGAAUUUGCCCGUAA